AAACCUAGUGGUUAAUGUCUGAAAAGACGUUCCACAAGGCACAGACCAUCCGUGCAAAGGCAUCCGGAGUGCCUUCAAUCGUCGAAGCUGUACAGUUUCAUGGAGUUCGCAUCACAAAAAACGAUGCUUUGGUUAAGGAGGUUUCCGAAUUAUACAGAAGUAAAAAUCUAGAUGAACUUGUUCAUAACUCUCAUCUGGCGGCUCGUCAUCUUCAAGAAGUUGGAUUAAUGGAUAAUGCAGUUGCUCUAAUUGAUACAUCUCCAAGCUCAAAUGAAGGAUAUGUUGUCAAUUUCCUAGUUCGAGAACCAAAAUCAUUCACUGCUGGAGUCAAAGCAGGAGUUUCAACGAAUGGAGAUGCGGAUGUCAGUUUAAAUGCCGGAAAACAAAGUGUUGGAGGACGAGGAGAGGCAAUCAAUACACAGUAUACAUAUACUGUAAAGGGCGAUCACUGCUUCAACAUUUCCGCAAUCAAACCAUUCCUGGGAUGGCAAAAAUAUUCGAAUGUAUCAGCGACUCUAUACCGUUCACUUGCACAUAUGCCAUGGAAUCAAUCAGAUGUUGAUGAGAAUGCAGCUGUUCUUGCAUAUAAUGGACAACUAUGGAAUCAAAAGCUUUUGCAUCAAGUCAAAUUGAAUGCGAUAUGGAGAACACUUCGUGCCACUCGAGAUGCCGCAUUUUCAGUUCGUGAACAAGCCGGACACACUUUGAAAUUCUCGUUGGAGAAUGCUGUAGCUGUUGAUACAAGAGAUAGACCUAUUCUUGCAAGUCGUGGAAUUCUUGCUCGUUUUGCUCAAGAGUACGCAGGAGUAUUUGGUGAUGCGUCAUUUGUGAAGAAUACAUUAGAUUUACAGGCAGCUGCCCCUCUUCCACUCGGUUUCAUUCUUGCCGCCUCAUUCCAAGCGAAACAUUUGAAAGGACUCGGAGAUCGAGAAGUUCAUAUUUUGGAUAGAUGUUAUUUGGGUGGACAACAGGAUGUUCGAGGAUUUGGUCUGAAUACUAUUGGAGUUAAAGCAGAUAACAGUUGUCUUGGAGGAGGUGCUUCACUUGCUGGUGUCGUUCAUUUGUAUCGGCCAUUGAUUCCACCAAAUAUGCUAUUUGCACACGCAUUCCUUGCAUCUGGAAGUGUUGCAUCAGUUCAUUCCAAAAAUUUGGUGCAACAAUUACAGGAUACUCAACGAGUAUCAGCCGGAUUUGGACUCGCAUUCGUGUUCAAAAGUAUUUUCCGGCUGGAACUCAACUACACGUAUCCAUUGAAAUAUGUGCUCGGCGAUUCAUUGCUCGGUGGAUUCCAUAUUGGAGCUGGUGUCAACUUCUUGUAGAGAUUAAUUGGAUGCAAGCACCCCUCAAAAAGAUUUUUUUGAAAAACGAUAAAUUCACAGAAUUUCAGUUCUUUUUCUCCCCCUUUUAUUGUUAUUUUCAUCGUAAUGCUGUGCUAGAAGUCAGAGUAAAUAUGAGUUUUUUUGUGUUCUAGGAAUUCCAUUUUUUCAGGAAGCAAAUUUAAUAAAAAUUAUCGAAUUUCUU